AUUUUGUGCAGUUACCUGUUUAUUGCAACGGUACAGUUGAUUAGUUAAUUGUCACGACUUUAGUCACAAGCUAGUUAGAAGCCUAUAAUAAUCACCAAGUUAUAAUGUUAACAUUUCAUGGAUUUAGCUUCAGUAUCAACGUAAUGAAUACAAAUGUGAAUAUCAUGUUUGUGUGGUGGUGGGGGGCUUCACUCACUCACUGACUCACACACACACGCACACACACACACACACACACACACACACACACACACACACACACACACACACACACACACAAUAGGACUGAAGAAAGACUAAGAUUAAAUAAACAGAAUUCUCAAAUUAGAGAAUGAAUAAAAUGGUCAAAACAAAUGCCAUACUUACUAUCACAUUAGUAUAUGGUAGAUAUUAUUUUUUAUUGAUUAAUGUUUCAUCAUUUACAAUUAAUUUUGAUUGUAAAUAUUAAUAUUACAGUUAUUAAAUGUGAAUACAAUGUUUGUAUGUGUAAGUGUGUGUAUGUGGGGGGCUGCUCACACAUAUCAUUCAUGCUAGAACUGAAAAAUCAUAAGGCCAACACUGUAAACCAUUGGUAGUAAUACAGUGUAAGGGCUAUGUUGCCCAGAUAUUAUGCAGGAUCUUGUUUGCAGGAAGCUGUCAUGCUCUCCCUGUCUCUAAUGUAUAUGGCUGAGCCUGUCCACCAGAGGAUGCCUUCAUUAAACACAGUACAGACUACCCACACAGUGUUUGCUCAAAAGCAUAGUAGGGAAGCUUAGCUAAAAACAUCAGUCCUGCUGGUCGUCUCCUCACCUACCAGGGAUCUUCAGGCAUGAAGGGGCAUCAUGAGCGACACAGUGGCCCCAGACAAGUGUGACUGCAACAGAACGGGGAGUUCCUGGGUGUGGAGAUGGGUUCAUUUUCAUGUAGGAAUGCAGUAUGUGGCCGGCUGUGGCUCUGUGGCUGCUGAUACUUGCGACUCUGCUGCGGGCGACUGCUCCCUGCACAUCUAAGUGAUUACCUCAUGGAGAAUGAAUCAAGAGUGAAUCGAAGUCCUUGCUGGAGUUAUAGGGCGAAGACAGUCAGUUCCCCGCUCUCAUCGUCUGUCAGUGCAGGGUCCUCACCAGCGGUUCCUGCUCAGGGAGCUGUUGAGGGACUACAAUCCCAUGGAGAGGCCGGUGGCCAACGACUCCCAGACGCUCACCGUUCAGUUCUCCUUCACUCUAAUACAGGUCAUGGAUGUGGAUGAAAAGAACCAGAUCAUCACCACGAACGCCUGGCUGCAGAUGCAGUGGUACGACCACUACCUCCAGUGGAACCAGUCAGAGUAUCCUGGAGUAAAGAACCUCCGUUUCACUCCUGACCAGGUCUGGACCCCUGACAUACUGCUUUACAACAGCGCUCAUGAUAAGUUCGAUGCCACCUUUAAGACCAAUGUGCUGGUAAACUCCAGUGGAUUCUGUGAGUAUCUGCCUCCAGGAAUAUUUAUCAGCACUUGCAACGUAGACGUGCGAUGGUUUCCAUUUGACAUCCAGCGCUGCGAACUGAAGUUUGGCUCCUGGACAUUUGAUGGCUGGCUGCUGGACAUCCAGAUGAAGGAGGCAGAUGUGUCAGGAUACAUGCCCAACGGAGAGUGGGACCUGCUGGAGGUCCCUGGAGGUCGUCAUGAAGUUUUCUACGACUGCUGCGCAGAGCCCUACCCGGAUGUUACCUUUGUGGUGACUUUACGAAGGAGGACCUUGUUUUACGCCCUCAACCUCCUCAUCCCUUGUGUGCUCCUCUCAUCCAUGACUUUGCUGGUCUUCCUGCUCCCUGCCAACUCAGGAGAGAAGAUCAGCCUGGGCAUCACGGUUCUGCUUUCUCUGACUGUCUUCAUGCUGAUGGUUGCAGAGAUUAUGCCCGCUACAUCAGAUUCUGUUCCCCUGAUCGGUCAGUACUUUGCCAGCACCAUGGUGAUUGUUGGGAUGUCAGUCGUAGCCACAGUCAUCGUCCUUCAGUUCCAUCACCACAACCCCAACAAUGGACAAAUGCCCCGCUGGGUGCACUUGGUUCUGCUGCAGUGGGUUCCCUGGUUCCUGCGGAUGAAGCGUCCAGGAGAGGGAGCAGAACCGACUCUUUCCGGAAGCCAGGCAGACUCUCAGAGCAAGACCCUGUCCUCUCCCACCACAACCACCACCACCACCACCAUCCCCACGCCGGUGCCCUCCAUCCUCCCCCAGAGCCUCAACUCCCUGCAGGCCAGCCUGGCUCAGCUCAACCACCCUCUGUCACACCCUCUGUCCCUCCGGUCCAAUCCUCAGCCUGUAAUCCAUCCUAAUCCCGGCCACAGAGAUCCAAGCCCCAAUCCACACCCGCAGCCCAACGGUCAUCUGCUUUACAUGGGCUUCCAGACCUUCCAGACCACGGCAGAGCUGGACCCAAAUCAGAGAAGCAGAGCCACAAGUUACGGGAGGGUUAACAGUGGACUAGGUGGAGGAGAAGGAGAGGGAUCCACAGCAGGAGGAGGAGGACCAGCUGGAGAUACACCUAUCCAUCACCACCUCCCAUCUUCCAAGUUUGGGAGCUCCCCACAGGAAACUCAAGUGUCCCCAGAUCCGGAUCAAUCGACCACAUCCUCUGGACCCUGCGGUCUGGAGGCUGUGGCAGGAGCAGGGAGAUCGGCUGCCUUACAUACCCACAGCAGUGUGAUUCGAUCUGUGGCAGUAGACAGCCAGCUGCAGGCUCUCCUGGCGGAGGUGCAGUUCUUAGUCGAACGUGUUAGGGAGCAGGACCGGCAGCUCAGCUUGGCAGAGCAGUGGCAGUUUGCCGCUGCUGUCAUCGACCGCCUGUUCCUGGUGGGAUUCAGUGUAUUCAACAUCAUCUGCACCAUCGCUAUUCUCAUGGCUGCACCCAACUUUGGAGAAGCACUGUCAAAAGACUUCCUCUGACAGACCAAAAGCAGAGAGAUCAGAGAGAGCGGGGGGACGUUGAGGAAUAACGCAGAUUAAGAUUUACUGGAAGCACAAUUGCUGUUAAUGACACUGAGACAUAAAACAGCAAAUAUUUCCUUUGCAGCAAGGAAGGAUGGACUGUGGCACAUGGUGCGAUUCUUUUCUCUUAACUUGAAAGUCUGCCAUUUUCCAUGGUGGAGUAAACCGAAUCAUGUUCACAUUCACAUUCUUUCGCAACAACAGUUGAGUAAGAAGUGAAAGGUUUUUUGGAAUAGUUUUGUGAAUGAAACUGCAUGACUUUAUUAAAUUUAUUAUAAAAUAUUUGUACCGCCGUCUUGAGAUGCUACAUUUAGAUGCUCUGUAGAAAAACUGGACACUGAUAUGCUGCUUCUGAAACAAUUACACUCAUGCAGGAUUAACAUCAUAGUUUACACUUUUCGAGUUACUCACCUUUAAAAACACUAAAAGUGUUUACAGGUGCUCAGCCACUUAUCGGUGGAAAAUGUUCCUGACGAUAGACCAGAGUUCCUGUGUGCUCUUCCUCAAAUAAAGUUAAAUAUGCACUAAUUUGCACACAUUUCUCGAAUAAAUAUCCAUGUUUCAUUUUGCUGAUGUAUUGGUGUCGAAGGUUUUUGGUAUUUUGGAAGUUUUCUCUCCACCAGUCCAAAAAGACAUGUUAUAAGGAUGUAUAUGUUUAGGAGCAAGAUAUCUCAAAAUCUAAAUCUAAAUCUUAAUUUAAGAUUAUUCCCAAGUUUCUCUACUUUUAAUAGGAAUGUAAAAGUCACUGCGAUCGGUAUCUUUCCACACGAGCACCCCGUUCCUGAUUAAAAACAGAAAAAGAAGAAUCCUUAUCACAAUAAUACAGCCAGGACAUCAUCCGUGUAAUGGGAUGAUGACAUUGGUGAUUCGCUUCUGCAGCAACUUUAUCAAUCACAUUAGCUUUAUUAUAUACUGCAGUGAGUGCAGUGAAGCAGGAAACUCAUAUUCUGAGAAAAAAAAAUGCUGCAUACUGCAACAGGGAUCUUUUUUUCCCCUUUGCAAGUCAGUUUUCUAUAAAUCUAAACUGUGCAUUAACAUGAUAUCUGAGCUGAUGGGGGGGCGGGGGUUGGGUGAAGUGCUGUCUCUUGUUUUUCUGAAUGUGGAGUUCACUUUUACAGUCGCAGCUUGAAGAAUAUAUUUUCAAAAAGCCCAGGUUUAUAUCCACUCACAUUCUUGUAUGUGCAUAAAACUGUCAACUCUAUGACCCUGGUGUCGGAGACUAGAAUGCCAAUAGGCUGUUACAGACCGAGCUGUAACCAUUACGAAAUAAAUUGUCUGGUCUUUUGUACUCUCCAGACGUGCAUCAUAUGUUUAAUUCUCUGGCUCCCCUGCCUUUCGGUCAAAGUUUUCGAAGGAUCGAAGUUUAAAAUAGGAUGCGGAGGCAGGAAACAGCACAAGUAAAGGAGGGGUGUGGAGGUGGGGGGAGGGAAGAUGAAGGUAAUGAAACGU